CACCCCUGAGCGCGGCUCCUCCCCGGCGCAAGGACCGCUGCGCGGCUUUAUGAUUGGCUGCGAGGCGGACCUUCUUCCUUUGCUCCCUCGCUGCCGGGGCCGCCGCCGCCGCCAUGAAUGACACGGUGACCAUCAGAACCAGGAAGUUCAUGACAAACAGGCUGCUUCAGCGCAAGCAGAUGGUGAUUGAUGUUCUUCAUCCUGGGAAGGCCACAGUCCCCAAAACAGAAAUCAGGGAAAAGCUGGCAAAAAUGUACAAGACAACCCCUGAUGUAAUUUUCGUCUUUGGCUUCAGAACUCAUUUUGGUGGUGGCAAGACAACAGGUUUUGGCAUGAUCUAUGAUUCUCUGGACUAUGCAAAGAAAAACGAACCAAAGCACAGGCUUGCCAGGCAUGGCUUGUAUGAAAAGAAGAAGACUUCCAGGAAGCAGCGAAAGGAGCGUAAGAACAGAAUGAAGAAAGUCAGGGGCACAGCCAAGGCAAAUGUUGGUGCUGGCAAAAAGUAAAUGAGCAUACUUCAGAUGGAAAAUGGACAACAGAUUACAUUAUUCUAUGAAGCAUAGAAAGAAUUAUUGUGGGAAGAAGCUUCUCACCUGGGUUUAACAUCAAAUAAACUAUGUCAAUAAAAUGCUGGUUUGCCCUUUAGUUUUGAUUUGAAAGCUACCAUUUUGUAAAGUUCGUGACAUUCAGGAUUGGUGCACUGUUUGCACUGUAUUAAAAUCUUUUCAUAAUUAAACAAA